AUUAGAAAUGGCGGAAACUCCAAAUUUACGAGUAACCAGAUCCUCAAGGAAAGGGUUGGACAAAAAGUCAACUCCACAGCUUUUCCCAAUCCAAACAGCUCCAGCUAGUGUAACAGCACGUAGAACUAGAAAGCGUCUUGCUGUCGAAGAAUGUGAUGAAACCGCUACAAGCAGUAAGAAACAGCAUGUUGCUGAGAGUGCAUCUACUAAAGAUGUCACAAAGGAGCCAAAACGACAAACAAGGAGAGCAUUGUCUGAAUCGUCUAAAUUGAAAACCAAGAUUCCUGUGAAGACUAGUUCAAGUUCUGGCACAGAUAGUCAAGAUGAAAAGAAAAUGAUCAAGUCUUCAAAGAAGAAAAGUCCUAAGCCAUCUGUGAAACCUCCUAAACAGAAUGUUAAAAGUUCUGAGCAGACUGUAAACAGUCCUAAACCAUCUGUCAAAAGUCCUAAUCCAAGUGUUAAAAAUCCUGAAAAAAGUGUUAAAAGUCCAAAGCCAAGUGUUAAAAGUCCUAAACCAAGUGUCAAAAGUCCUAAAACAAGUGUUGAAAGUCCUAAACCAAGUGUUAAAAGUCCUAAACCAAGUGUCAAAAGUCCUAAAACAAGUGUUGAAAGUCCUAAACCAAGUGUUAAAAGUUCCAAGAAAAGUCCUAAAGUGGCUGACAAAAGUUCUAAGCAAACAGGAACAACAAGUGAUGUCAUUGAAACAGCUUCCAAGAGAUCAACAAGGAUAUCACGGAAAAGAGGUGCAGCAAGUUUAUCCCCAGUGAACACCCCUUCAAAAAGACGACAGAAAAAAUCAUCAUCCUUAAAAGAAAAUACUGACUCAGAAUCAGAUGUUGCGCCUACUGGAGACAGUUCACAAGAAUCAACAAAAGAUGAGCCAGAAAAAGAAAAAAGUAGACCGUUUAAUCUAAAGAAGGACGAUGUGGUGAAGGAUGUUGCAGUGAAGGACAAUGUGGUGAAAGACAAUGUGGUGAAAGACAAUGUGGUGAACCAUGAAACAUUAACUAUAGAAACAAUCACAGAAAAUGAAGACUUGGAAUCAGACAAAUGUAAUGUAAAAUGUGAUUUCCCAGAAACUGCUGAACAGAUUGUACUUCCACCAAAUGAAAAUGAGAAACAGAUUCGUGAAAAGUCAAUGUUGGAGACAUUACAUGAAGAGAUCCCUUCUGGAGAUAUUGCAGUUGAUGACAAACCUAAACAGACUCCUCACAAACCAAAUGAACAAUUAGUUGUUGCUGAUAUCCACCUUCCUUUUGAUGAUGAACCUAAAAAGAAAAUUGAUGAAACAAAACUAACAUUGGAACAGAGAUUUGCUUCUCCUAGAAAGGAUGUGACUACUUUAAGGCGUUCAAGCUUAGGGAUUGGAUUGAACAAGCGCAGAUCAAGUUUCAUCCGAGUCAGAUUCUCCAACAAGCUCCCUUCAAUCAUAAGCAAAGACCUAUGCAAGCAAAUCCCCAAUGAUUUACCUGAUGAGAAAAGGCUUGAAAUGCUAACCAAGUCAACUCUAGAGUACACUCUGCAACAGUUGCAACAGGAGUUCCAGGAUAUCAAUGAUGCUGAAAGUUUGGAGGAAAAAGUAAUGCAUGCUGGAGAAGAGGCCUGCAAGAAAAUGGUUGCCACUGGACUUUUCAAACAUGCAGUCUCAAAAGGAAGAACUGCCCCUAACCCAAUUAAUGUUGAGGUUCAAAGACUGGCAGAUAAGAUGCAGGAGAAGAUGGAUAGAUACGAAGAAGAGGCAGAAAAAUGGGAUGAAAUGUUACAGAAGCAGAAAGCCUUAACGACUGAGGCUGAAAGCUUGGCUUCUAAUGUGAAACAGAAUCCUUUGAAAGAUCGGCCAGCAUCCCUGAGUUCACACCAGUGUCAGAUUCUCAACAAUUUACCAAACUGCAACAAAAUCAUCGAUGAUCUGAAAUACAAACAUGAGACGCUCACUCUACAGGUGGAGCAUAUCUGUAAAUAUGUGAAAACAUUGAGAGAGUUCCAACGACAUGCAGAUAUAAGAGUCUCACAGCAGCACCAACAGCUAGGUGCUUUGAGUACAGCAGUCCAAGGGUCAGUGAUGGAGGUUGAUCCACGUGAUGAUAUUCGGGGAAUCCUUAUGGGACCUAGUGACAAUAAUUAGAUAUCUGUGGAGUAGACCGAACUAGGUGAUGACAUUCGGAGAAUCCUUAUGGGAC